CUUCUAGCCCAUACUGCUGGUCUGAAUACUUUUAGAAGCGCCAACCAGUUCGCAGCUCCUCGCCUCCUCUACUUCGUAUGCUCAUAGUCGCAUACUAGUUAGGUACAGGCGAAAAUGGCCAUCCGUGAGGAUAUCGUUGCGUCGGCGGUAUGUUAUUCCAACCCCUUCUUACCCGACGAACUCUGCUGAUUUAGGAUAGGUGACAUGUGAGGAUUCAUCACAAUCUACAGUUGUGCCAGCAUUGCUAACAAUCUUGUGUAGUUCUACAGGACCCAAGUGUUUCUGGGUCGCCGAUAGAAAGCCGGAUCGCCUUUCUCCAAUCCAAAAAUCUCACCCAAGAGGAAGUUGAUACAGCACUGGCAAGAGCAAAUGGGGAAUCCGUGCCUCCAGUAAACCAAUCUGGCUAUGCUCCACCACCACAAAUAAACCGACAAGCACAACCAAACUAUGGAAACUAUCAGCAGUACCCAUUGCAACCGCCCCCUCCGGAAUUACCGAAGAGAGACUGGAGGGAUUGGUUCAUAAUGGCAACCGUGAUGGGUGGAGUAGGAUAUGGGUUGUACUUUGUCGCAAAGGUGAGCCAUACUGUUUGACAACUGUCGAUUUCGCUGACCUUUCAUAGCGAUAUGUUUACCCAGUUAUUGCGCCUCCGACAGCACCACAACUCGAACAGGACAAACAAGCUAUCGAUGACCAAUUCGAAAAGGCGUUCACCUUAUUAGAUCAGCUUUCGAAAGAUACCGAUGCCCUCAAAACUUCCGAACAAGCUCGAACGGAAAGACUGGAUGCUGCUCUGACGGAGGUUGAGGGUGUCAUUGGUGAAUUGAAGAAUUCUAGCAGGAGAAGAAAGGAAGAAUCUCGUAAUAUCAGUGACGAAGUUCGACUUCUCAAAGAUUUAAUACCAAGGGCUAUGGAUGGGCAGAAGCAAAGCACGGAUACCAGAUUGAGAGAACUCAAUACUGAGUUGAAGAGCUUGAAGACAUUGAUGGGGCAGAGAUUAAACCCCCCAUCAACCUCUGGUCCCGGCUCAUAUGGCAGGUCUUCCGGGAUUUCUGUACUGAACGCUACUGUUACCCCUACAAACCCCAGCAGCAAUGCAACUACAAACACGGAAAGCGCAACACCAACGCCCGUCUCAGCAAGUAAUGGAGCAAACUCAGAGGGUGUUGCUUCAAUCCGUAGUGGAAGUCCUUUUGGUACAGGAAUGCCUGCGGGAAAAGCUGCUAUUCCAUCAUGGCAAUUAGCAUCGAAUAAGAGUACCGCCUCUGCAGAUACCUCGACUGGAUCCGCUAGUGGGUCACAAGAAGCAUCUACGUCGUCAUAAUAAUCCGUGGAGUUCAGAAUGUACUAUGUAUGGUUUUGGGGAGUUUGCAUGUGUCGGCGCAACUUGGAUGGAUGUAACACUUAGGGAGGACUAAUGAAAAAGAAUCGGAAUAGUAAUUCAAUGUAUACAAAUCUUUUCAAGGAA